CUUCCUCCUGGGAGGAACGGGGUCUGGCAAACAACGGCGAUAAAAUACUGUAGAAACAAUACGAUUUAUUUAAAAUUCAUGGGCCGAUUUUGCCGGUGGAACAGUGGACGGUCUUCAAUCGGCGGCGGAUUGAGGAAUAAUCCACAUAAAGGCGGUGUGUCAUUGUUAUAAGACAGACCUCAGCCGUUACACCCUGUCAGGCUUCACACCUGUGAGACGGCUGAUGUCAAUUGAUGUCAGGAGCCUGGGAUUUUAAUCUCUCUCACUCUCUCUAUCACACACACACACUCAUACACAGGCUCAGGUGACAGCUGUUCAAACCAGAGAAUAUUAAACGUCACAACUCAAGCUAAAAGUCUCGGCUGUCAGAAUUUUUGGCAGGUUUCUUUUUUACGGUUUUAAUGUUUACUGCACCUUUCGAUUUAGCAGCACAGUAACACACACAGGCUGUCCACAUUACUGAAGCUCUUUAUUCUCAGAUCCAUCUUCUUAUAGCCCCCACUCCAUGGGGGAUUUAGUCUGUUUGAGUUUGAGCUCAUAACAGAGUGCAGAAGCUCAUUUCCACACUUCACCAGCUUAUACAGUGCUCCAUAUCCUCAUUAUUUAUUCAUGUAUUCACAGCAGGGCACAACAAGCCAUCAGCUUUCCAUACUAAUGCAAACACCUGUUGCUGCACCUGCCUGUAACCUUCACACUCACUGCUUUCAGGCCUACGCUUAGAAUAUUUUAUUUUGCAGUGUAGCUUUAUGUUAGAAGUCAGCAUUCUUGGGUCAAAUGCCUUUAAUUUAACUUCUGUGCACUAGCAGACAACAAGUGUUAUAUCUAAAAAUGGAUCACAGCCUCCUGUAACGCAGGGCCGGUCACAGAUCGGGUUCGGCCUCUGGGUGGGGGGAGGGUGAGGGCUUAGCAGUGGCAGACAAUCAAACCCUUCAGUCAUGCUGUCUGGGGUGCAGCCAUGUUUCCAGUUACUUCGGAUCGGUUCGUCUGCCGGCGAGUCGGCACGAGACCUGUUCACGUUCAGGCCGGCGCUGAGCCACUCGGUGUUCCGGCUGGGUCGGGCGGCGGAGCUUUGUGAUGUCACGCUGGACUCGACGUCGGUGUCACGAAUCCACGCAGAGCUGCACGCAGAGAGGGAGUUAGGGGAAGAUGAUGCAGCGCCACAGGAGGAGGGCUGGAGGGUCCACAUCAAGGACAGGAGCAGCCAUGGCACCUGGGUCAAUGAGGUCCGCCUCCAGCCCGGCGUCCAGUGGGAGCUCUCAGACGGCGACACGCUGGUCUUCGGUGGCCAGACGGCUCCAGGACGCCCCGAGUUCUACUUCCUCUUCCAGAAGGUCAAAGUCCGCCCGCUAGACUUUGAUGCCAUCACGAUUCCAAAGGCGGGCACUUUCUCCUCCGACCUACAGAACCGGAUCAGAACCAACCUGGACCGCAAGGUGGCCGCCAACCUGGACCUGUCCAAGCUGUCCAUCAACCGGGCCACCGUCAUCCUCAACUCCAUCGGCAGCCUGAGCAAGAUGAAGGGCAGCGCCUGGACCUUUAAGAGGAGCCACAGCCACGAGGGGACCGUCUCGGACCCCGGCUCCUCCUCCUCGCCUCCCCUGGCAGUGGGCUUAUCCGCUCUGCUCCCGCCCUCCACACCUCCAUCCUUCUCCUCUGCGGCUUCCGUGCCUUCGACAAAGUCUCUCCAGCCGACCUCGAGGAGCAGGAGAAAGUCGGCUCACACGGUGCUCCUCGAGGACGACAGCUCAGACGAGCCCAGGAGUCGAGGAGCUCCAGCAGGAGUUGUGGAGGACGGGCAGAGAUCGAGGGGGAAGAAAAGGCGGCGGCUCUAUAAGUCUGAGUCGGAGAGUUUCAGCUCUCCCGCUCCUCUGCCACUGCAGCCCAAGAGCCACAACGACAUCCGGCGGCCGCUGGAGGCCAAACCCUUCCCCGUUGGCAUCAGGACCAUCGGCAGCUUCCACGGCGCCAUGACGAACAGCAGACUCAACCACCACCUCCUCCAGGCGUCCUUCAACAACCCUGCAGUUCACAAGCAGGAAGUGCAGACGAUGCACCGCGUCCAGACGGUGAUGCAUGGCAACAUUGCGGCUUUCCGCCAACAGAAAGCUGCACACGGUUCUCUGACGGCGCAGAGAGGCAGGCGGAGGGCCCACAGCUCGCCGGUUUUCUCCCCUCUGGUGGUCGGAGGGGAGAACUACAGCCUGGCUUCACCUUCAGUGAGGAUCCGCACGGAGGAGAGAGGCCGGGUGCAGUUCAACAGGUUUCACCAUCCAACAAGUAAGCGACGAGGCCGCCCCAGGAAACACCCGCUCCCUCCGCGGCCCUCCCUGCCCUCUCCAUCCUCCUCCUCUUCCUCCUCCACCUCCUCCGCCUCCUCUUCCUCCGGCUCCUCCUCUUCCUCCUCUGAGGACGAUGACGAAGAGGAGGAAGAAGAGGAGGUGACGGGCGGGGCGGUGGAGCCGUGCGCGGCGCCGCGGUGCCGGCUGCCCCAGCAGGACACGGUGCAGUGGAUCCAGUGUGACGUGUGUGACGCCUGGUACCACAUAGACUGUCUGCACGUCGACCGCAAGAAGCUCCUCAAGGACCCCAACGCCGACUUCCACUGCGGAUGUCGCUGAGAAAAAAACAAGUUUGUGAUGAUGAAAUGGAAUGAAAUGCACCAGUUUAGACUUUCAACUUCCCACAUUUUUUUCCUUUUGCAAUCUUUACUUCCUUCAGCCACACUUUUGGAAAUCAACAGACUUUUCAGCGAAGAUGCUACUUUCUCCUCUAACGGCCACUGAGCUGCUCUACUCACACAUGCAUGCAGUGGUUUCCUCUCACCUCAGCAGCAGCUGGCGGGAGCAGGAAAAUCUUUACAUCCUGACUUCCCCAAAUAUGAGGAUUUGUGACCUAACAGUCACACAGCUGCUUCAUUAACCUCUUACAAGCAGUUUCAGGUCUCAGGCUUUGGAGGAGGAGGCGAAACUGUAAUGAAAUGUCUCAGGUUGGAUUCCAUUAUGGCUUUGACUGCCUGGAGAGGCGCAGUCAAGGCGGGAAAACAUGAUGAAAUGUUUCUCAGUACACUCCCAUCGUGGCUGUCAUUGACCAGAGGGCAGGCGGGAAGAUUAAUGAAAUGUUUCAGAUGAGGCUGCCGCAGUCGAUGAGACUAUACAGGCCGAUUAAACCUUCUUGGAUAUCCCAGCACAGCCGCAUUCAUUAUUUUAGCAACCAGGCCAAUUAUUGAGAGCAGAAUAGAACCUUGAGUGAACAUUAUGUGGUUCGGAUGGCCGGGAAUGCUUCAACACCAUUCCUCUCGAAAAGAAAUCAGCGCCGGGCUGCUGUUUUCCCACCUCGGCGAUAAUAAAACUCGAUGAAAUGUUUCCGCGUGGCUUUCCUGGGUGGCAGCAGCUGUCUAGGAGUGGGCGUGUGAUGUUUCAAGACAAUUAAACGCCAGGAAAUGUGUCAGCAGACUUCCAUUGUUGCUGCUGAUGAGAGGUGCUUGAGGGAUGAUAAUCAAAUGUUUCAAGGCACUUCUGCAGCAGCAGCUGCUGGAUUUUUUUUUUGAGGGGGGGGGGUGUGCACCGGGACUGUUGUUAUAAGACGUCUGAGUGCAGGCUGACAGUGUUGCUGCUGCUGCUUUGGGAGGACUCAUUACCAGUGAAAUGUCAUGAAAUAUCAUCUGCUGAUGUAACAAGGAUGAACCGACUCAAAAUCACGGUGUCUGACUGGUGGGUUGAGUCUCUGAGGCUUUUUAGGACUUCUCUUCAGACUAAUCUCAGAGUCUCAUCACACUACUGAACUCUCGGGCCAAAGUGGACACUUCUGUCCGGACUAAACUGUUCUCCACUGAUGAACCGUACAUGUACACAUAUCUUUGCUCAAGUGCUGCUUGAGUUAGAAUGAAAUCCAAGUAUAGCACCCCAAAGCCUCCUCUUAAGCACCUUCCUUUUUAUUUAAUCCUAAAUGUCGACUUUGGUCGACUCAUUUGGACAAAAAAAAUAUUUUUAAAAUAGCAGUUUACUUUCUGCACCAUUUGUAUAAUAUCAAAUAUAGUUCUGACCCUGAGUUGUUCAGGUGAUGGAUGCGUUAAAAAUACAGUUUGUCUGGGCUGGUGUUACUUUAAUCAUACCACUAUGGCCGACCAGAGAGAGGAAAGUGGGAGAAAAUGUAGAAAAAGUUGAUUCUUGAGCAAUAAAAUAUGAAAAAAAAGAAAAAAAAAUGUAUUUUUUUAACUAAUUAAUCGCAGGAUAAAGAGCAAUGAUUGGUUCCAACACAGUCUUUGGCUCCAUUGAAGCUCUUUACACAGUGGUGCUGGUGCUGCUUCACUGCCAAACAGCAUGGAAGUAGCUGCAAAGACAACGCUACUUAAACAGCAGAAUUUUCAGAAGAAAACAUCUGAUAACUGGUUUACAGUCAAUUCAUUUUAAAAUUCAGUGGAUUAUUUUUAAAUCCAAAUAAAAGGAGUUCUGUGAGAUCCAUAAACAUGUUUAGUGGAAAUAAAGUCUUAAUACAUGCAGUGUUACCAGACAAAGGCUUGAAAUAAUUACAUACUUCACAUCCUAUUACUAUGACAAUAACCAACACGUUUUUAAAUAUAAUGUGAGGGUACACUACCUCAUUGCAGUAAUACAAUAUCAAUUCUAUAGAAUAGUCUAAUACUAUAAUACAUGCAGAGUUUGGUCCUGUUGAGCAGUGGUUACUCAAGGAAAAAAAAGUUUUUUAUCUCUCUUAUCUGAUCAUCAGUCAGCUGUGUUUUGGUUUUGUGUGUUUCAUCUGCCAGUGAAGAUGUAAGUGUUGCAUAUUCUUCUCGUCUCUUAGAUUUCGAGCUCUAAAGAUAUUUAAAUGCCUGUUUUUGUCUUCCAAGCGUCACUCAAAAGUGUAUCAUCUCCACCACAUCACUCAUUGUCAUUCAGCGUCCUGUUGCUGUGUUCAUGCUUCUUUUUUUGUUUGUGUUUUUGCUGGCAUGCAGCGAGCCAAAAUCACCGCACAGGUCUUAAAAAAGGAUUGUUUUCCAAAACUGCAGUUACACACAUGGAGAAAAGUGAAAUGCCACUGAGAGCGAUGCUUUAUAAUUGACAAGAAUGGAGAAUUGGCAGUGUGACAAACUAUGAGAACCUAGAAAAAAAAAAACCUGAGCAUGAAACCUGUGUGACAUUAAAAAUAGAGAAGUGUUCAGUGCAUAUUAUUCACUGCUACCUUAUAUUUCUGAUACUGUUGACAAUUUAAGGCACAGCAGAUGGACAGUUUUCCCUCGAGACCCGCAGUGGAGUUAAUAAAAUAACUUGAUAAUCACAAUAAGUCAUUUAUUAAGAAAAAAAGCCAAAUAUAUGCAGGUUUAAAUGGAGAAUUUGCUUCGCCUGUUUCAUAUUGUAAAUGCAAUAUGUUUGGGUUUUCUAAUGGGCAUUUUUUUUAAAGCUUUUCAAUCGACUCGUCUGUAAUUGACCACAUACAUCUGCCGUUUGAUAAAUCAGCCGUGCAUACUGAUAACCACAUCACUAACGGCUUUUUGCAGAUCUGCACUAUAUUCCAUUUCUAUAGCCUCAAAGACAAACAACUUUCUUCUCAGUUCUUUUCAGGCUUUGGCAGAUCAAAUCAAGUUUGUGGGGAAAGUUUUUGAUCAUUACACUGUGUGGUUGCCUCAUUCUUUCAGUAUUUCAUGUGUGCCAUCUGCUAAACGUACAGCACGCUCGAGCAUUGACAUUUUUACACUGAGUUAAUUAUUCUGUUUACUGUUGAAAUCCCUAAAUACAGGACUCCGAGGUGAAGUGAUGAGUUCAGAAAUGUAGUUAAUCAAAGGGAUUGUUUUGUAAAUGUUUCAUCAGUCAGUUUCUCUCCGAGCUCUGAAGCAGGAGUUCACAGGACUCGUUUUUUUUUUUUCCUACACUGCCUUCACUUUAAUUAUCACAUUGAAAUGCAGAAACACUUUGUUGGUUUUGUGGGGUUGUACAGAAUGAAACCAGUUGUCAUUAUUCCCUGAGAUGUUAUCAGGGAAGGAAUAAAGAAUAUUCAGAAACUGUC